AAAAUCAAAAAACAGAUCUUCGUAAAUGAUAAACCAUCCAAAAUGAAUCCAAAACUUCGCCGCCACAUUAACACGCCUUCUCUUUACUUUUCCAACAAAUAAUAAACAUUGCCUUUAAUCAAGUUACACAACGUUCUUCCCCCUUUCAUGGUCAAACAAUCUUCCUAGACUUUUUGAAGGUUCUCAAAUAAACCCUAAUUAAACUACUCGUAUUAAGUACUAGUAUCUCUUCUCCUCCGUCCACCACUCAAACCCAUCUUAUCAUCUUUUCUCUAUAAAUUUCCCAAACAAUCCCUUAUCUUUCUUGCACAUUUCACUUUCUUCUCCUCCAUUCUUUUCUGGGUAUCUCCCAAAAUCCCCCCCUUUUUUUUUAUUGAAUUCAUACUUGCUAUAAUUUUAUAACCUAUAAGUUUGAUUUUUCUCCUCCAUUCUUUUCUGGGUAUCUCCAAAAAUCCUUCCUUUUUUAUUACAUUCAUAUUUGCUAUAAUUUCAUAACCUAAAGUUUUAAUUUUUCUAUAUAACCCCACAAAGAAUGGCAAUUCCUUGCACACAUUUUAUAUCCUCAGAGAAAGCAGCAAUGGAAAAUGGUUUUAUGUUGGGUUCACCAUCUUCUUCUUCUUCUGCUCGUGUUUUGACCCAAGAUGAAUUGAAGAAAAUCGCAGGUUAUAAAGCUGUUGAAUAUGUUGAAUCUGGUAUGGUAAUUGGUUUAGGAACUGGGUCUACUGCAAAACAUGCAGUUGCAAGAAUUGGUGAAUUGUUACAACAAGGAAAACUUGAAAACAUUGUUGGAAUUCCUACUUCAAAGAUGACCCAUGAACAAGCAAUUUCAUGUGGUAUUCCUUUAUCAGAUCUUGAUACAUACCCUGUUGUUGAUCUUGCAAUUGAUGGAGCAGAUGAGGUUGAUCCAUUUAUGAAUUUAGUUAAAGGAAGAGGUGGGUCAUUAUUAAGGGAAAAGAUGAUUGAAAGUGCUUGCAAGAAAUUUAUAUGUAUUGUUGAUGAAACUAAGUUGGUUAAGUAUUUGGGUGGUAGUGGAUUAGCUAUGCCUGUUGAAGUUGUGCCAUUUUGUUGGAAAUUUUCAGCUCAAAGAUUGAGGAUUUUGUUUCAAGAUUCUGGGUGUGUUGCAAAACUUAGAACUUACCCUGAAAAUGGUCAGCCUUUUGUUACUGAUAAUGAAAAUUAUAUCAUUGAUUUGUAUUUUAAGAAAGAUAUUGGGGAUCUUAAUGUUGCAAGUGAUGCAAUUUUGAGGCUUCCUGGUAUAGUGGAGCAUGGUAUGUUUCUUAACAUGGCUACUACUGUUAUUGUGGCUGGUGAGCUUGGGAUUAGUAUUAAGGAUAAGUAGGGUUUUUAAAAGUUAUGUUUUAGGGAUUUUUUUUCUGAAUUAGGUGAAAUUUUGAUUGAGUAGACUGAUUUGGGAUUAGUCUUUCAAUUCAUGUAUGGAAACUGUUUUGAGUUUCCUCUAGUAUUAUUGACUAAUGAUAUCAAAUUGUACCUCUUUUUGAUAUCAAAUUGAUGAUCAAUGGUUAGAUGCUUCUAUCAAGUCUUAUAGAAGUACUACAUUAUUUUACUAUUA